AUGGCUCAAGGUCUCCUGAAGAAGAGCAAGCCCGCCUCCGCGACGGCCAAGCGAUCCUCCGCCGCCGCAGCCAAGAUGAAGCGUGGCCCUCGACAGAUUGCGCCUAAGAAGCAAGCCCUCAUCCGCCAGGCCAAGAUGACUAAGAAACUCACAUCCGGUCUGGUUACCAAGACGGAACGCAGCCUUGCGACCAAGGCUGGGCAUCUGGAGCUGUUGGCGGGUGGAAAGAAGGAUCGGAAUGCCGAAAAGGCAAAGGCGAAGAAGUAA